CCCUUAUUUUUCUAUCAACGACAACUCAUCUCUGUCUCAUCUCCUUCGUUCACCAAUCUUUCUUUCAAAAUCUCGUAUCUAAUACACGUUGAUCUUCAUAGUUCCAUCAUUUUCUCUGAUUAACGGAAUUGAUGCACUUGCUGUAAAGCGGAUAUGAAACGGCGUAGAAAGGGUGGCAGAGGCGGUGGUGGUAGGAGUAGAAUUGCGAAGGAAGAUGAGGGUGAAAUUGCGGAUAUUUUGCUCAAUCUACCGGAUGUAGUUGAGCAAUCGGAGUUGAUAAGUAAAUCCACUUUUACCUGGGAUCGGAAGAAGAAAAGAUCUGUGUUUGCUUCGACAUCGAACGCGUCACCGGAGGAAGUAAGGGCAGCGGAAGAUGAUGAUGAAGGGCCUUCAACGACGCUUUGUUUAUUACGCAGUGGUACCGGAAACGACGGGGCUGCUGAGAGCCCUAAACAACAGUCAUCUUCGAAGAAAUUAUCAAAGAGAAAGGCAACAGAUGAUUUGAUUCAGAGAUACAAUGAAAUGCAAAAAGAAAUCAUGGCAAGGAGGAAAAUAGAAGCCAUGGAUAGCAGAAAAAUAAGAACGAUGAAACGUCAGAAAAUAAGAGCCACGGAUACCCUACAUGAAAAACGUAGAGCUCAAAAUCUGCAGUUAGAAGCAAAAAGACUGGAGUUGAAAGCAAAAAAACCAGCUAAAAAUCUGGGGUUGGAUGCAAAAAUACUGGAGGUGAAAGCAAAAAGGCAAAAGAUAGAAAAGAGAAAAAUGGAUGCCCCUCCACCACCACCACCUCCACCACCACCCCCACCACCAUCCCCACCAGCAAAAAGGCGGGAGUUGAAAGCAAAAAAACGAGGUCAAAGUCUAGGGUUGGAUGCAAAAAUACUGGAAGUGAAAGCAAAAAGACAGGAGAUAGAAAAGAGAAAAGUGGAUGCCCCUCCACCUCCACCACCACCACCACCACCAUCCCCACCAGCAAAAAGAGUGGACUUGAAAGCAAAAAAACGAGCUCAGAAUCUGGGAUUGGAUGCAAAAAUACUGGAGAUAGAGAAGAGAAAAAUGGAUGCCCCUCCACCACCACCACCACCCCCACCACCAUCUCCACCAGCAAAAAGACUAGAGUUGAAAGCAAACAAACGCCGUCAAAAUUUGGGGUUAGAUGCAAAAAUAUUGGAGGUGAAAGCAAAAAGACAAGAGAUAGAAAAGAGAAAAAUGGAUGCACCUCCACCUCCACCUCCACCACCACCACCUCCACCACCACCACCAGCAGCAAAAGGACUGGAGUUGAAAGCAAAAAAAAGAGGUCAAAGUCUGGGGUUGGAUGCAAAAAUACUUGAAGUGAAAGCAAAAAGACAAGAGAUAGAAAAGAGAAAGAUGGAUGCCCCUCCACCACCACCACCCCCUCCACCACCAUCCCCACCAACAAAAAAACAGGAGUUGAAAGCAAAAGCAAAAAGACAAGAGGUCCUUCCACCACCACCACCACCCCGACGACCACCACGUCCACCACCACCACCACCUACGCGACCACCACCACCACCACCACCACAACAACAACAAUCACAACAGCAUUUUCAAAAAUUUUGGGUAAAUCCCAACAAUGGCAAAGUGGUGGCAAUCACUUGCUCCAGUAAUGGUAACAUUGUUGGAAGACCUGGUUCUGCUAAUGUGGUUGAUCCACUUGUCCAUGUUCACUAUGUAAAAACUCGUGAUCAACAACAUAUUACCAGUCCUGCCCUUCCACCACCACCACCACCAUCAUCCGUGGCAGGUUCCAAGAAAAGCAAAAUGGUGGCGGUGACCUCGUCCACUAUCAGUAACCUUGGUGGUAAUGGUAGAUCAAGUUUUGUGAAUAUGGUUGAUCCACGUGGCAAGAUUCAUUUUGUAAAAGUCAAUCGCUAUCAUCAACAAAUUACCAACUCUGCCCCUCCACCACCACAACAACAAUUACAGCAGCCUUGUCAACACACUACACUAGAUCCCAACAAUGGCAAACUGGUGGCAGUGACUCACUCCAGUAACAGCGGUGGUGUUGGUGUUGGUGAUCCAGCUGGCAACAUUAAUUCUGUUAAAACAAAUCGUUAUCGACUACAAUAUCAUCGGAAAAGAUUCAAGUUUGCCCCUCCACCACCACCACCACCACCAGUAGAUCCCAACAAUGACAAAGUGGAGUCACCGACUUGUGCGUGUAACAGAAAUACCAGCUCUGCCCCUCCACGGCCGCCGCCACCACCACCACAAUCUAGUGAACAGCCCAACUAUUUAUGGUACAUCCCAAACUGGUACGCCCCGGUAGAGGCGAGGCCUUGGUCUGCCCCUCCACCACCACCAACACCAUUGCCACCGCCAGUACAGAAGAAUCGUAAACAAUCUAUGCUGCAUCCCAACAAAGGCAAAGGUGAAGUGGUGCAACUGACUAACAAAAUUACAAGGCCUGCCCCUCCACCAACACUAGUGCCACUACCAUGGCUAGAACCAGAAAAGAAGAAACGUAAACAAUCUAUGCUGCAUCCCAACAAAGGUAAAGGCAAAGGCAAAGUGGUGCAACUGACUCGCUCCAAUAAAAAAAUUACAAGGCCUGCCUCUCCACCACCACAACCACCAACAGUAGUGCCACUGCCAUGGCUAGAACCAGAAAAGAAGAAUCCACCAGCACCACCACCAUCAAAAUCUGUACCCCCACCACCGCCACCAUCAUUGUCACCCCAGCCACCACCACAACUACAACCAUCACUACAGCCAUCACAGCAGCACUGUCAAAAAUCUAUGGUACAACCCAAACAAAGAUAUAGGAGAAUUAUUCCCAAGCCGCCCUAUCCACCACCACCACCACCACCACCACCAACAUCACAGCAGCACAGUCAAAAAUCUAUGGUAGAACCCAAAAAAGGAAAAGUGUUCACUCGCACCAGUAGGAGAAUUACCAUGUUGAAAUUUUUACCCCACCACGGCCCUCCACCACCACCAUCAACAUCAAAAUCUUUACCCCCAAACCAAGCACAAGCACCACCACCAUCGAAAUCUUUACCCCCACACCCAACACCACCACCACCAUCACCUCCACCAGCAACACCACCACCACCACCUCCACCAGCAACACCAGCAGCACCAUCAUCACCUCCACCAGCAGUAGCAGCACCAUCAUCACCUCCACCAGCAGCAGAAGCACCAUCAUCAUCUCAGCAGCAUUGUGAAAAGUCUGUGGCAGAUCCCAACAAAGGGAAUGUAGUGGGAGUGAGUUCCUCCAAUCAGUUGGAUCCACCUGGCAAAACUCAUGACAACCACAUUUGGUCUCAUGAUCCGAUCCUCAGAAGAGCAGCAGCAGCAGAUGCCAGAAGGUAUCGGAUUAUGAAGUUGAAAGAGAAAAACAAAGACAACAACAACAACAUCAACAACAUCUCCUACUUUUUCCAUAAUGAUCCAAAUCUCAGAAGAUCAGCAGCAGCACGUGCUAGAAGCUAUCGCCUUAUGAAGUUGAAACAGAAAAACAAGGACAACAACAACAACAGUUCCUCCUCCUCUUUCCCUUCACUUAAUCACUCAAGACCCAAUGUGAAUGCAGCAGCACUUGCUAGAAGGUUUCGGAUUAUGAGGUUGAAACAGAAAAACAAGGACAAGAACAACUCCUCCUCCUCUUUCCCUAACAAUCCAACACCCAAUGUGGAUAUUCAUCUAACCCCCAUUAACCCAGCAGCACUUGCUAGAAAGAUGAGGCUUUUAAGAUUGAAAGAGAAUGUCAAAAACAGGAACAAAAACAAAACUCCCCAACUUUAUGGCAAUGAGUUAGAACAGAGGUAUUUGAAUUCGUUCCGUGAUCAACAAUAUAUCGGUUCAAGUCAGAUGAGGAAGGGCCAUUGAGGAGACAUUUCCUCAUUAGCUCAAUAUUUUUACUUUUUUAGCAUAGCAGGCUAGGCUACGCUUGUAUAUAUAGAUAAUCCAUGGAUACAUGUACCUCAUUUGGUUAAGCUCAUAUGCAAAAUAUACUGGUCUUUCAUUUAUAUAACAUCAUCUAUAGUGGCUA